AUGUCUCACGUACCGCCGGCGGGUAUCUAUCCUCCUCUAGUGACAUACUUCAAUGAGGACGAGUCUAUCGACUACGACAGUGUUUUGAAACACAUUCACCACGUGGUGAAAGGCGGCGUUGCAGGUCUUGUGCUGCAGGGUAGUAACGGCGAGGCAGUGCACUUGCUUCAUGACGAGCGACAGGAGCUUGUCAAGCGAGUUCGCCAAUAUCUUGUCGAGAUUGGUCACCCAGACCUGCCAAUAAUCGUGGGAUGCGGUGCAUUCAGUGUUCGCGAGACUUUGUUGCAUAUCGAGGAAGCCAAGAAUGCCGGUGCUGACUAUGCGCUGGUGUUGGCCCCAGCUUAUUGGGUGCCUUUGAUGUCCCCCGAUGGUUUGAAAUCCUUCUUUGGAGAAGUAGCGGAUGCAUCUCCCUUGCCUAUCUUGAUUUAUAACUACCCCGAUGUAACCGGUGGUAUCAAUAUCAGCUCUGAAACAAUCAUUGAGCUUGGAAGAAAGCACAAAAACAUCGUUGGAGUCAAACUCACCUGUGGAGAUGUUGGCAAACUGAACCGUAUUCAAUGUUCUUUCGCACCUGGAGAGUUCGCCGGGUUUGCUGGAAAAUCCGACUUUUUGCUCCCGGCUCUAGUCAUUGGUACGCACGGAGCGAUCGUCGGAUCCGCGAAUGCCUGGCCCUUUGUGCAUGCGAAGGUCUCCGAGUAUUUCAGAAAUGGUCAGAUCGCAGAGGCCCGGGAACUGCAAACAAAACUCAGUCACGCAGAUGAUGCACUCAUGAGAAUUGGAGCAGUGGGCGUUAAGGCGACGAUGUCUCACUAUUUUGGAUGUGGAACUGGACGUGGUCGGCGACCUUUUGGAAGUGCUUCUUAUCUGGAGUAUCCAGAAAACUUGCGGAAGCCUAUUGAUGAGAUGACUGUCAUUGAGAAAGAGUUAUCGGGACAUUAG